UUUUUUCCUGUUGUUAUGCGUUAGAACUGAAAAUUUUCGUAUGUUUUCUCCUGAGGAUUAAUUACUAAAUGAACAAUUCAUCCAUCAAUAAUCCAUUUUUCCAUUCAAUUUAAAUCUCACAAUAGAUUUUCAAAUUUCUUUUUCUAUCAGCGCUCAUUAUUUAUUCAUACAGAUGGCGUAAUAGAAGCCACUGUUCGCUGAUAAAUAAAUAUUCACCGGUGCCGAUUUCCAGUGACAAGUACUUAUUUACAAUUGAUAAAUUACAGUACUAAAUUAUAAUCACAAGACUUAUGAUGUUCAAUUGUUAAUUCUACUUUCAUCGUGUUUUAUCGUUAAUUAUCUGAGAACUUCGAGGUUAGUUGUUCUCUCACAAGUUCAGUGUUAAAGUCAAAUCAGUUCGAUAUGUCAAGUAGCUCAGAAAACGACGACUAUGAUUAUUGCAGUGUAGCAUUUAGAUUAAGAGCCGUAAAGUCCCAGAGGAAAGAAUCACCGGAGCCACAACCACCCAGUGAAAAUCCAAAGAAUGGCCCAAUUGAGGAAGCUCCUAGUGUCAAGGACAUUGAAAUUGAAAAUUGUGUAACGAGAAGCUGUUCAAUUAGAUUGAGAAGCCAAGACCCAAAAACCGACGAUAUCGAGUUGAUCUCAGACUCUGAGGAUCUACGAUCUACGAUCUCUGACGUGGAAGACGUCAUCGAAGUGUCUGCAGUUACUUCUGAAGUCCCUAGAAUAUUAAAAACUCCCAUCGAGAUUCUCGACAGUCCCCCAAGAAUACAAAGGCCGAACAACAGUAUCCUGGGAGGGAAUGAUUCCCUCGUCGAUGAUCCAACAGUGGACAUCCACAUCCGUUGGAAGUCCAAUAAAAUACAAAGCAUUCAAAUGGAAAAGCACGAAUCGUUGAUGACGAUUUUCCAGAAAUUCGCAGAUCAGGAAAACAUUCCAGUCAAUCGAAUAUUAGUUACACGUCAAGAUAUUCCGGUAAAAUCCACCGAUACGCCAGCCAGUUUGAAAUUAUCAGUCAUCGAUAUUCUUGAGGGAGGUAUCAUAAGCGCAGAGAUGUCAAAUAACCCAGUGAAUCAAGAGGAUGAGGAUGAUGAGGAUAUCUGCAAAAUAAAAGCGCAAGUAUCAUCGAAGAAAUCAGUCAUGUAUAAAUUGAGAAAGGAUCAGCCAUUCAAGAAACUGCGAGAGCACUGCGCCAAGGAGCUCGAAGUCCCCAUUGAAAAAAUUAAAUUUUACUUCGAUGGAGACAAGGUGGAGGAUGAGGACACCCCAGAUAUUCUGGACCUCGACAAUGAAGCGUGUGUAGACGUGAAAAUUCUGGAAUAAUUAAGUCAUCCUCAGGAUUCGUCACUCAGCCAUUAGUUUAUAAUUUUUGUAAAAUAAAAUGAAAAAUCUUCGCAUUGUU